AUGGACGCGGCCCAAGAGGCCCCAAGCAAGCGCCCUCUCGAGGACGCCCAAGAGGCCCCUAGCAAGCGCCCUCUCGUGGACGCCCAAGAGGCCCCAAGCAAGCGCCCUCUCGAGGACGCCCAAGAGGCCCCUAGCAAGCGCCCUCUCGUGGACGCCCAAGAGGCCCCUAGCAAGCGCCCUCUCGAGGACGCCCAAGAAAGCCCCCUAGCAAGCGCCCUCUCGUGGACGCCCAAGAAGGCCCCAAGCAGCGCCCUCUCGUGGAGCCAAGGGCCCAGCAGCGCCCUCUCGACGACGCCCAAGAGGCCCCUAGCAAGCGCCCUCUCCAGGGACGCCCAAAGAGGCCCCAAGCAAGCGCCCUCUCUAGGACGCCCAAGAGGCCCCAAACAAGCGCCUCUCGUGGACGCCCAAGAGGCCCCUAGCAAGCGCCCUCUCGACGACGCCAAGAACCCUAGCAAGCGCCCUCUCGUGGACGCCAAGAGGCCCCGCAAAGCAAGCGCCCUCUCGAGGACGCCCAAGGCCCAAAGGCCCUCCUCGACGACGCCCAAGAGAGCCCCAAGCAAGCGCCCCUUCGAGGACACCCAGAGGCCCCAAGCAAGCGCCUCUCGAGGACACCCAAGAGGCCCAAGCAAGCGCCCUCUCGUGGAGCCCAAGAGGGCCCCUAGCAAGCGCCUCUCGACGACGCCCAAGAAGCCCCUAGCAAGCGCCUCUCGUGGACGCCCAAGAGGCCCCAAGCAAGCCCCUAGCAAGCGCCCUCUCGAGGACGCCCAAGAGGCCCCAAGCAAGCGCCCUCUGACGACGCCCAGAGGCCCCAAGCAAGCCCCUCUAGGACGCCAGAGGCCCCAAGCCUCUCUCGUGGACGCCCAAGAGGCCCCAAGCAAGCGCCCUCUCGAGACACCCAAGAAGGCCCCAAGCAAGCGCCCUCUCGUGGACGCCCAAGAGGCCCCAAGGCAAGCGCCCCUCUCGAGGACGCCAGAGGCCCCAAGCAAGCGCCCUCCUCGAGACGCCCAAGAGGCCCCAAGCAAAGCGCCCUCUCAGGACGGCCCAAGAGGCCCCAAGCAAAGCGCGACGCGCUCUCUUGUGGACGCCCAAGAGGCCCCAAGCAAGCGCCCUCUCGAGGACGCCCAAGAGGCCCCAACAAUCUCGACGACGCCCAAGAAAGGCCUCCUAAGCAAGCGCCUCCGACGCCAAGAGGCCCCUAGCAAGCGCCUCUCGUGGACGCCCAAGAGGCCCAAGCAAAGCGCCCUCUCGACGACGCCCAGAGGCCCCAACAAGCGCCCUCUCAACGACGCCCCCCAAGCAAAGCGCCUCUCGACGACGCCCAAGAGGCCCCUUAGCAAGCGCCCUCUAGAGCCCAAGAGGCCCCUAGCAAGCGCCCUCGAGGACGCCCAAGAGGCCCAGCAAGCGCCCUCUCGAGGACGCCCAAGAGGCCCCAAGCAAGCGCCCUCUCGAGGACGCCCAAGAGGCCCCAAGCAAGCGCCCUCUCGAGGACGCCCAAGAGGCCCCAAGCAAGCGCCCCUCUACGAGGACGCCAGAGGCCCCAAGGCAAGCGCCUCUCGUGGACGCCCAGAGCCCAAGCAAGCGCCAGAACGCGCCCAGAGGCAAGCAAGCGCCGCUCUCGUGACGCUCAAGAGGCCCAAGCAAGCGCUCUCUCGUCGCCAAGAGGCCCAAGCAAGCGCCCCUCUCGACGACGCCAAGAAGCCCAAGCCCCCUCUCGACGACGCCAAGAGGCCCCAAGCAAGCGCCCUCUCGAGACCGCCCAAGGAACCCGGAUUCAAGGACUCGGUGCCUCCGUGA